GGUUAUCAUUUCUGUUGUCAGCUAACUAAUAAUGGAUAAUAAAUUGUUGUGUAGUACCUUCCCACCCACCAUCAUUAGCAAGAAAACGCCCGAGACAGACUGUUCAUUUCCAUCUCCAGCAAGAAAUCGAAGAGAGUUUAGGAGAAAAAAUGGUCAAAGCAUUUUACUUUCUGCUCCUCCUCGCCGCCAUCUUCACCGCUGCACAAGCAAGAUCCAUCGUUCGACGACCUCAACCUCACUCAUCCUUCAAGAUCAACAUUACCCAGAUCAAUCCGAGGAGCUGUUCUUAUACGGUGAGAAUAGCCACAAGCUGUUCUUCACCCAGGUACACGCGUGAUCAAAUCAGCCUCUCCUUUGGCGAUGCCCAUGGCAACCAGGUUUAUGCUCCGAGGCUAGAUGAUCCCUCUAGAAGAACAUUUGAACGGUGUUCAACAGACACGUUUCAGGUAUUCGGACCAUGUACAUACCAGAUAUGCUAUUUGUAUCUCUACAGGAGUGGCUACGAUGGUUGGAGACCAUACUCUGUGGAGGUUUAUGGGUAUAAUGUGAAGCCUGUUACCUUCUAUUUUGAUGUAUUUAUACCCAGCAACAUGUGGUAUGGGUUUAAUUACUGUCGUCAACCCUAUGAUGCUUCGGCCUCCGAAUCAACAAUGAAGUAGGGGAUGGAUUUUCGUACGUUUAAUUUUGUCUUGUAUUUUGCUAUUGAGUUGGGUUUUGUUGUACCAAACUAUAAAUUCUGCUACUAUUUUUUUUUAACAAAAAGGGUCAUUGAAAU